AAGAAAGUGCAGGCAUGAAGCUCAAAGCCACAGAAAGCUGGGGUUGGCGUUGGCCUACAACUUUCCGAAGAGCAGGUUUCUCUUCUUUUUAUUUUUUUUUUCUCUGCUCCGCCUUCUAUGGGUUUUGCAUCCAUCUUGCACCCUUGUUUUUGAUGAAGCAGUACAGAGAGGAGGAUGAGGAAUGGUUUUGGCCUUCAGUAACAGCACAAAAGACACAUUGCUUUCAGAUUGAGACUUUGAAAUGAAGACCUUCGUGUGGUUUGGGUGUGUGCUGGGAGCACUCUUUGCUGCAGGCGAAGUGUUCCACACAAAGACAGGAAAGAGAGUCACCUUGGAGUGUGGGUUCAAUUCCAUCGCCAAGAACCAGAAAUGGUCUCGUGGAUCACAGCAGAUUAUCAGUGAUGAUGGCAGACUUCUUCGGAAAAGCCAAAGCCCACUUGGACAAAGGUCAUCGCUGCGGGCAAACAACCUCGUGAUCAGUAGUGUGACCAAAAAAGAUGCAGGAACUUUCACUUGUGAGGCAGAUCAUUACAAGAAAGAGCACACACUCCUCGUGGUCUCAGUCUGGACCAGCCCCCAUGGUAUACUUCAGGUGGGCAGCAACGCUGUGCUCCAAUGUAACGUGAGUGGUCUGAAUCCAGGCUCUACAGUGCAGUGGAAGAAGCCAGAUGGAAGUCUAGCCGCCAACCCAGUUCAUCUCAGUCCUGUAGCCCUCUCACAUAACGGGAUCUGGGCGUGUAGCUUUUCCCAUUAUGGGCAGCACUACAGUGAGACCCUACAAGUCAUGGUUUAUGCUCCUAAACCAUCUACAGCAUCCUCUGCCAAAAGCUCACGGGUCGACCCUACAACACCCUGCCCUGUCUGUACUGACGUUUCUGUACUGACCAGUGUUGAGCAGCUCGACUGGUGGGUGUGGGUCACAGUUGCAGUUGGCAGCCUGGCUGUGGUUCUCCUGAUGGUCCUCAUCAUUGUUUUGGUUAACAGAAUCAGAAGAAGGAAGAAAAAAAAUCUGAGGAAUGGUCAACAUCCACUGAGGCCCAAGAACUACUGCCAGUGUAACCGCCCAGCAGCUGCAGCAAAACCACAGCAAGGACGCCGGAAAGAGAAGCCGUCAGCCCUGCUAAUGGAGUCACAUGAAAGCCAGAUAAAAGAAAAGAGAGACAGUGAAAAAGCAAGAAUGAAAGAGUGAGUGAGAAGAAGGGAAAAAGAGGAAUAGACAGAUAAAAUGAAAGAGAAAUCCAGUGUGAAUAUAAGUGGGCUUUUGAUGCUCCUGAUGAAAAUAAGAAUCAGCUGUAAUGAUGUGAGCACUUUGAGCUUUCUCACCAGAUAUAACAGGCAAACUGAAUGCAAAUAGCUUCUUCCACUGCAGGAGAACAGCGACAGUCUGUAUUUAUUUCUUUAACAUUUAUGCAACAUAUAAACCUGUUAAGCCUCUCAUACUGCACUGCCAACUUCUACUGUACUGCCUUGCAUCUUAAAUCACAUUUAUUCAGAUGUUUCUGUGUAUUUGAAAAACGUUUAUGUAUCUUUUUUCUUUGUUCUUAUAGGUUGUACAUGAAAAUAUUGGCGUAUUUUAUUGUUUCUGCGGUCAAUAAAUUGUAAGGAUGCCCACCUGCAAUACUUGUAAAUUUACUUCAGUCCUCAAAUAAUAGAAUGGGGAUGUGUAUCAGGGAAAUGAAA